ACAGAUCUAAUUCAAAAAUGGCUGAUGAUGCAGAACUUGUUUGUCCUGUGGAUGAGUCUCCAAGGCUCAAGGCUGUCAAGAUGACUACUAAGCAUCCUUACAAGUGUUUAUGUCGCAACACCAGUCGUAUCUGCCUCUACAGCAUUGCUACUGAUAUCAUCCAACAGGUAGAUAUUGGUUCGCCAGUGUUUUGUAAGGAGAAGAAGUCUAAAUUAACACCCAGACACCUCCAAACCACAAGUAAAUUUGUUUUAGCUGGUGUAGUAAGCAAUAAAAGAACUGAAGAAAUACGUUGGCUGAAGUUUGAAUCUCCGAUAAAAAUGAUCACUGCCACAAAUGUUACGAUCUUUACAGACUUUAUCCUUGCUGUGAUGUUUGAUAAGAACUAAAAAGAAUUAUUAUGUAUAAAGUCAUAUAUAUGAUUAGGUUAAAUAGUUUAUUUUUAAUGUUUUUAAUUAUUGUUGUUGAUUUUAAUAAAUAUUUU